AGUUGAGUCUGAAAGAAAGUGGCGCGCUGCCCCUGACGUUACCGAGUGGGAGCGGCUCGGAACCAGAGCCCGGCCAGGGUUCUGGUGCGGCGGACCUGCGAGGCGGAGCGGACCGGACCGCGAGGCGCCGGCGCCGCCGGCCAGAGGAGCGUUGGUGCCGGGGCGGGGCGGUUCUCCGCGGCCGCAAGACAUGGCUCAUAACAAGAUCCCGCCGCGGUGGCUCAACUGUCCGCGGCGCGGCCAGCCGGUGGCAGGAAAAUUCCUACCUUUGAAGACAAUGUUAGGACCAAGAUAUGAUAGUCAAGUUGCAGAAGAAAAUCGAUUCCAUCCCAGCAUGCUCUCAAAUUAUCUGAAGAGUCUCAAGGUUAAAAUGGGCUUAUUGGUGGACCUGACAAAUACUUCGAGGUUCUAUGACAGAAACGAUAUAGAAAAAGAAGGAAUCAAAUACAUAAAACUUCAGUGUAAAGGGCAUGGUGAGUGCCCGACAACUGAGAACACUGACACAUUUAUUCGUCUGUGUGAGCGAUUUAAUGAGAGAAGUCCACCAGAACUUAUAGGUGUUCACUGUACCCACGGUUUCAACCGCACUGGUUUCCUCAUAUGUGCCUUUUUGGUGGAGAAAAUGGAUUGGAGUAUUGAGGCAGCAGUUGCUACUUUCGCCCAAGCCAGACCUCCGGGAAUUUAUAAGGGUGAUUAUUUGAAAGAACUUUUUCGUCGCUAUGGUGAUAUAGAAGAAACACCACCCCCACCUCUAUUGCCAGAUUGGUGUUUUGAAGAUGAAGAGGAUGAGGAUGAGGAUGAAGAUGGUAAAAAAGAUUCAGAACCUGGGUCAAGUACUUCCUUUGGCAAAAGGAGAAAGGAACGGUUAAAAUUGGGUGCUAUUUUCUUGGAAGGAAUCACUGUUAGAGGUGUAACCCAAGUGACAACUCAACCAAAGUUAGGAGAGGUGCAGCAGAAGUGCCAUCAGUUCUGUGCCUGGGAAGGGUCUGGAUUCCCUGGAGCACAGCCUGUUUCCAUGGACAAGCAGAAUAUUAAACUUCUAGAACAGAAGCCUUAUAAAGUAAGCUGGAAAGCAGAUGGCACUCGAUAUAUGAUGUUGAUUGAUGGCACAAAUGAAGUUUUUAUGAUUGACAGAGAUAAUUCAGUAUUUCAUGUUUCAAAUCUGGAGUUUCCGUUUCGUAAAGAUCUUCGAAUACAUUUAUCAAAUACUCUCUUGGAUGGGGAGAUGAUUAUUGACAAAGUAAAUGGACAGGCUGUUCCCAGAUAUUUGAUAUAUGACAUAAUUAAAUUCAAUGCACAGCCAGUUGGAGAUUGUGAUUUUAAUACUCGUCUACAGUGUAUAGAACGAGAAAUAAUAAAUCCUCGACAUGAAAAAAUGAAGACUGGUCUCAUUGACAAAACACAAGAACCAUUUAGUGUCAGAAAUAAGCCAUUUUUUGACAUCUAUGCUUCAAGAAAGUUACUUGAAGGAAACUUUGCCAAAGAAGUCAGCCAUGAAAUGGAUGGACUCAUUUUUCAGCCUAUUGGAAAAUAUAAGCCUGGUCGAUGUGAUGAUAUUUUGAAAUGGAAGCCUCCCAGUCUGAAUUCUGUGGAUUUUCGCCUAAAGAUAACAAGAAUGGGAGGAGAAGGGUUACUCCCUCAGAAUGUUGGCCUUCUCUAUGUUGGAGGUUAUGAAAGACCCUUUGCACAAAUCAAGAUGAGAAAUCAUGACCCAGGAAACCGAGUGAUAAAAGAGCUAAAACAGUAUGACAAUAAAAUUAUAGAAUGCAAAUUUGAGAAUAACAGCUGGGUCUUCAUGAGACAGAGAACAGACAAAAGUUUCCCUAAUGCCUACAACACUGCCAUGGCUGUGUGCAACAGCAUCUCAAACCCUGUCACCAAGGAGAUGCUGUUUGAGUUCAUCGACAGAUGCACAGCCACUUUUCAAGGACAGAAACGAAAGCAUCACCUGGAUCCUGAUACAGAGCUCAUGCCACCACCGCCUCCCAAGAGACCGCGCCCUCUCACCUAAGACCAGCUUGAUCGCGGGGUGCAGGGGAGAGAGGAGUAAGGAAAAGUGUUGUCACCCAUUUUUGCAGUCAGAGAAAUCGAAGAGAGUGGCUGAUGUCGAUACACAUUUGAAGUUUUUGUUUUUGCUCUUGUUUUGUUCUGUUUUAAAGAAAGGUAUUGUAGCAGCCUGUAAAUAUUGAUGUCUUUGUUUCCUCCGUGCUGCCAGUACAGUGUGGACUUAAUACGUUUUCUCUCUGAUAAACUCAGCCUUACCUUGUGGAAUCUGAAGAUUUGAAUACCCAAAGGUGUAAACAAGAUGGAAAUCAAUGAAAAAGAGGCCUUGUUUAUAUUUGGAUAACUUCCAUCGUUAAUUUAUAAAGUUAGCAACCUAGACUUGUGAGAGCACAGGACACUGUAUUUUAGAAGUUGUCUUUCAACUGUGGUCAAUUUUCCUUUAAAAACAUGUGGGCAGUGGCAUUGCACACUCUCGCUAUCCGUGCUGUGGAUUUCCUGCACUGGGGUUCCUGCACUGGAAAACAAAGGCACGCUUUGUAUUGUCUUAAGAACUGUUUUUGGAAAUGUAAAAGAAAAGGGUGGGAAGGAAAGCCCCAUGUAUGUGCAUUGCAUCCUUUUUAAAGGAAGAACAUUGUUGUUUUUCCCAUCUGUUAACUAUCGUUUGAACUACAACAUAGACUCCGUACCUAGUAUGCCAGUUCCAGUUACUUCAGAGCACUUGGAUGUACACCCCACCAUCCUGAGUCUUCUCUCCUGGGAGGUUUUUGUUUUGUCAUGGUUUUGAAUGCCAAGGGCGGCUUCUUGGCCUUACCUCAGUGGUAUCAGCACAUUGUAAAUUACAUUAAAACUCACAACUCACUGUGGUCUGUAGAAGUGAUAGCAGAUACGAAUGAUGUUGUGUUCGAUCCGUUGUACCAAAUGGCCAAGGAAAUGCCAGCUGACUUCUUUGAUUAGAAGGUAAUGUCAACGGAACAGAAUGGUAUCACUAGAAAUUGGUCUCCCACAGCUACAUAAAUGCAGAGGCAAGAGGCAUAUACUUGUAGGAACUAACCAACAAGGAAACCAAGACAUUCAUUUUCAAAGCCAGAGCAGCUGCUGUUGUCACAUACAUGCAUUUUGAAAAUUGACUUGUAGGCCAUUGUUGAAAAAUUGUGCUCUGAUUGAUGUGUGAAGGAACUCUGAGAAUGGGCCAAUUCAAGGCUAAUGUAUUUAUUUUUAGAGGUGCAGGUUUUAAGUGUAUGUAUUUAAAACAUUUCCAUGCUCUGAAUUUUAUAUAUGUAUACAUAUGUAUAUGCAUACGUAUGUGAGUAUAUGCAACAGUGUAUGUUUUUUUAAUACAGUCAGACAUGAACAUCUAAAUGGGUUACCUAAUAGACCGAAACUCUGACAGGAUUUCUAUACAAGAUAGCACAGACUAACCAAAAAUGUAUUUAUAUUCAUCUAAGUUUUCAUGUUUUUAAACAAGGUUUUCUCCUGCAGUGCUUUUCUAUAAGAACUACUAAAGUCAUGUGUGGGUUUUUUUCAUUUGUUGUCCCCAAGUUAUGUAAUGUGUAGUAACGUGAUCCAAAAUCCAUCUUAGUGAUUCUUUCUGAGAGUACAGUUCUGUUUUGGGCACUAAAGAGAUUAAAACACCUGAGUGCCACAGCGACUUUUGAAAGAGGGAAAGUUCCAAAGCUUCACAGUGUCUUUUACACAGUACAUUUCUAAAAAUGCUAUGCAACUCCAAAAGUCUGAUGUCUACUUCCCCUGGAAUAGCGACUCUCUUGACACGGUAUGUUGCUUUCUUCUGAGCCUGGGUAAAGAUGAAGCCCCUUUGCAGAGAAAAAGCAAUCCUUUGCAAUGAUCCCUAAUAGAGUUAAAGUGUUUAUGGUAAUUGUAACCUUUCAAAUGCGUUAAUGUGAAAAGAGCAUCUCAUUUUUUAAAAGAUUUUGAUAUUUUUUCUUUGUCUUUGUGCAUUUUAGCAGAAGUUAAGUUUCUGAAUUUAUCUCUUUUCAAUUACAAUGAUGUGUAAUUGCAGUUCUAAGUCCACCUUAGGACUAAGACCCAGCUGGAUCCUUAACACACUGAUACCUGCAGCUUCAGGACAGUCCCCUAGAAGGUCAAGAGAUGAUGCCAGAGACAGGAGUCGGGAUGUUGUGAACGAGAUGCUUCUCUCAGCCCACUUGACAGUAACUCUUUUCUGAGAUAGAAAUUUCAUAGGUAAGAAUAAGAAAACAUAACUUUCUUGAGUUCCCACAUUUCAACAUUGUUGAUUUGCGUUGGGACAAGGUGUGGGUGCCUCCUGCCUGGAUGGAUAGUUACAUUUGCUUUCCAUGAAAUGCUCAGAAAAUGUCAGGACAUUCCUUCUCUAAUUGUCUGUCAGUGUGCAUUGUAAUAAAACUGCUGAUUUAAAAGAA